GCAUUAUAAUUUCAAAAAACGUCAGUUCAAUUUUGGUUCUUAAAGUUGCAAUAACAAUGUCUUUAAUUUUUAUUGUUUUAUUGAUCGCUCUUGCAAUCGCACGAGGACAACUUCCAAGUUGUGAACCAAAUGCUAUUUGGACUGGGACUUUAUGUACAAAGGAUUGUCAAAAAACAUGCGAUAAUUACCAAAUUAUUCCACCACCAACUUGUUUGAGAACGUGUUCAAAAGGCUGUAGGUGCAAAAAUGACGAAGGGUUCAUCAGAGAUACGAAAACUGGUGACUGUGUCCAGCCUUAUAAAUGUAGUCAAUAAUUUUUUACAUUUCAUAUAAUUAUAUAUUAUAUGUAUAUUCAUAAUAUUACAUUAAUUUAUUUAUACAAAUUUCAUAUAAUUUCAAAUAAUAUUACAAUUUAACGUUUUC